AUGGCGGCAGCCGAUGAGUUUCAGGCGGCAUCCCAAAGGUUUUUGUCGUGGUUCAAGUCCUUGCAGGGCGCCACAUUCCACAAUGACAUUCAGAUCGUUGACUUGAGAGGCCAGAACGCCGGACGAGGAAUUGUCCUUUUCACCAUUCCCAGAAAAAGCAUCAUCAACAUCGAGACUUCGGAGCUCCCGAAGAAGAUCCCCCAGGUUUUCACCGGAAACGAUGGAGAUGAUGAGGACAUGGAGAACGAGCCCCUAGACUCAUGGGGUUCUCUCAUCUUGGUGAUGCUCUAUGAGUACCUUCAAGGCGAUGCCUCCCCUUGGAAGCCGUAUUUUGAGGUUCUGCCUGAGAAGUUUGACACGCUCAUGUUCUGGGAGACUUCAGAUCUCGAGUAUCUAAAAGGAAGCGCGGUGCUGUCCAAGAUUGGCAAGGAUGAGGCGGAUGAGAUGUUCCGGUCGCGGAUUUUGUCCGUCAUCUCAGCCAACCCGACCAUUUUCUUUCCUCAAGGUGUUUCGCCGCUUGGCGAGGCAGAGCUGCUGCAGCUGGCUCACCGUAUGGGAAGCAUCAUCAUGGCGUAUGCUUUCGAUCUGGAGAACGAGGAGGAACCCGAGCAGGAAGAUGAGGAAUGGGUCGAGGACCGUGAGGGCAAGACGAUGCUGGGCAUGGUGCCGAUGGCCGACAUUUUGAACGCUGACGCCGAGUUUAAUGCGCAUGUCAACCACGGAGAGGACGACCUUAGUGUCACCGCGCUCCGAACCAUCAAGGCCGGAGAGGAGAUUCUGAACUACUACGGGCCCCACCCCAACUCCGAGCUGCUUAGAAGAUACGGCUACGUGACCCCCAAGCACUCUCGCUACGACGUGGUUGAGAUCCCGUGGGACCUCAUCCAGUCUAUUCUGAACGAGCAACUAAAGCUUACCGACGAUGUUUGGAAGCAGGUGGCAGAGCAGGUGGACCCCGAAGACCUCGAGGACGUCUUUGUCCUGGAGCGUGAAUCCGGCGAGCCGGACUCGGAGGGCCGUCUUACGACGCCCGCAAAGGUGCAGGAGGUAUCUGCCGAGCUUGAAGAGCAAUUGAAGGGUGUCUUGAAGGCGAUCAAGAAGGUCCGGGGCGAUCUCAUCCCCGACAAGAGGAAGCGCGACGAGGUUUACCAGCACGUCGUGGUGUCCACGCUGCAGAAGCUGCUGACGCAGUACCCGACAACGCCCGAAGAAGACGAGGCUUUGUUAGCGUCUGGGAAUUUGACGUCGCGGCAGAAGAUGGCCGUUGAGGUUAGGCUCGGCGAGAAGCGCCUCAUCAAGGAAGCGCUCCAGGUGGCGGGUCUUGGCGACAGCGGCGCCGCCGAAGAAGUUGCUGCGGACGAGGGGCAGGAGAGGUCGUCCAAGAGGGCGCGCACGGCGCAGUGA